CACCACCAACCAGCAAGAGUUUUCGGAGUGUUUAGGUCGCCUUCAGUUUCUCUGAAAAAAAAAAGUAUUUUUUAUUGCGGCAUUCAACAAGUUUGUGACUGAGAGAACGCACGGUGACUACUCCAGACUUAAAUCGCUGGUGUUAGCCAGAGUAGCAUUAUAUCUGUGUAUUUGGAUAAACGUUGUAGUGUCAACGUAUACUCAUCGUAUCUCUGCUCGGGACGUUAGCAAGAUGAAGUUUAGCAUUCCAGAUGUUAGGUUUAGCUUUAGCUCACUGCGCGCCUGUUGAGAAGACGUUCGGACACAUAAACGCAUGUCCGGCUUUGUUGUCUAUGAGCUGCAACAACAGAUCCGGGUUUAAAUGUGGCGGUCUGGCAUGUAUUGUAAAGUGACGACGUGGGAGGCGCAGCACGGAGCCAACUGAAGGGAUGGGAGAGCCGCCUGUGGUGAUCCAGCAGACGAGUGGCAGGUAGACACGGUGCCCAAGCAAUGUUGUGCUGCUGUGUACAAUGAAGAAGAUUUUCAGCUUCGCCAAGAAAAAGAAACACUCAUCUGGUACCCCAGACAGUGGGAGCGUGUUAUCCCUUGGCUAUGAGCUGAAAGACAAGGACCUCGGGAAGGUUCACAAAGCUGCCUCUGUGGGUGAUGUGGCCAAACUGAAGCAGCUUGCCAAAAAGAAUGAUAUCAAUCAGCUCGACAAAGAGAACAGGUACGUGGUGUUUGGUGCACUGUCUCCGUUAAUGAUUGCUGCUAGUAAUGGACAGAUCGGUAUGCUGCGGCUACUUUUGCGCUUUAAUGCUGAUGUAACACUAAAGGAUACCAAAGGAUGGUCAGCUGAUGACUAUGCAGUAAUGAAUGGGCAUCACCCUUGUUCCCUUCUUAUCAUUGAGCACGGCACUCAGAGAAGCGGUGGUCCCUCUCAUUCUCAUCAAGGCCAGAACAAAAAGAAAAAAGUAUCAAUGACUGGAAGUCCUUACCAUGAUGUUGAAGCUGGCUUCUCACUUGGAGGACCAGCCACUGAUAAAGAUGAUGCCGAAGAUAUUUCUCAGUCAGAGUCACUUAGUCGUGUUUCUAAAAGUGCAUCUGAUGAAUGGCCUUCAUCUGAAGAAGAUGAGGAGGAGGAGCUGGUUUUGAGCAAAAAGAAACCGCAAAAAGUAAACCUAAGAAAGAUGAUUGCAACUAAAAAGGGUGAAGCUUCUGCACUGCUUGACCAAUCCUUGAGUGGUACAGAAUCUGAUCUGGAGAAUGACACUAGAAUCCAGAGAAUCCCUUCCCUUCAUCACCAGAGUUUACACUCCAGGAACGUUUUGCAGCAGCCAGUAGAGCCAGCUCCCAUUUCUUUCAUUUCCAAAGCACCUCAAAAGACCUUCAACCCACAAGAGAAAGCAGACACAGAAAUUGAGCAAAGGACAAACAGAAACACUGGUGAGGAGAGUUCAGAAGAAGAGGACUUGGGGGAUGAAGAUAGUGGAAAAGAAGAUGAGGAGGAGGCAGAGGAAGAUGAUCAUGAAGAAUGGGAAGAGGAGGAGGAGGAAGAAGACUAUAAUGAGGAUGAUGAAGAAAGUGAUGAGGAUGAUGACGAUGAUGAAGAAGGUGAUGAGGAUAAAGAAGAGGAAGAUGAUGAUGUUGAAGGAAGUGAAGAAGAGAAAGAAAAUGAGAACAGCAUUAACAACUUCGUGACCAACGCAUCUAAACUUAAGGAAGCUGAGAACCAAUCGAUCUGCGCUGCUCGUCCAACCACGGUACAAACUACAUCUUGUAAUGUCAGGUUUUGCGACUUUGGAAGAACCAGUGAAAAUAUGGAGUCCUCCCAGGUAGAUGCAAAAAUAAAUGAUGGAACUACUGGUCCUGUCUGCUCCGCUGGAACAGCAAGCUCCGCGAUGGCAACAUUAAACGUUGAGGAUGACUGUGUUGUGUCAGCCAUUAGGGUAGAGUCAAAAUAUUCUGACGAAGACGACAGCCUUUUAAAAGACGGCAUAUGGUCAAAGGACAAAAGCAUCAAGUUGGAUUUGAAAUGUGACACUUCACCGUCUCAGUGUGGUGCCGAGGUGCAUUCACAGAGCUUAGUUAAAGACGAACAACACGGUGCUUACGGUGAUGAAGAAAAGAGGGAGUAUAGUUGCAGAAGUGCGAUUGCCAGAAUUAAAAAUGAUUCAUCUCAAUUUAGUCCGGCAGAAAGCGACAGCGAUCCCGACAAUAAAGAUGACGCCAACCCCAAAAAAGGGAAACGCAGGUCUUCUUGGGGCUCCUCAUUAGACAGUGACACUGAUGUGGUCGAGGCCGAAGGGAUCAAAAAUGAGAGUCUUGAUGAGAAAACCGAUGUUCCAGUAUCAUUGCAGGGGAAAAGGGAAGCAAACAAACCAUCUCCUCAGAUUGAAGAUAAACACUGUUCCAUGGAGCCUUGGGAAGAAGUCCAAGAACAUCGUGAGAAGAAAACCAUUGACCUUCUCACUGCACCAUCACUGGAACCCUGUGUGAGAAACACAUCUAGAAAACACAAAAAGGAAAAGAGUGAAGUCAUAGCAGACGAUAUUAUUAAAGAUGGAAAAAAAGCCUUGCCUCAGACUGACAUUGACAAUGUGGACUCAGAUUUGCCCGAUGAAGCAGAGUCAGCAGCGAUUAAAAAUACAGCGUUAAGAAGCGUUAAUGACUCUCCCUCCCAGAAAGAGGAUUCUACUGGGGAGGAGGAGGAGGAGGAGGAGGAUGAUGAUGAAGAGGAGGAAGACGACGAUGAUGACAAUGAGCAAGUGGGGGAUGAUGAAGAGGAAGAUGAGGAGGAAGAUGAUCAGCCUGCACAGAUUGAAAAGUUGCCUGACGCCACAACCACUGUUCCUGUGACAGAGGUCACCAAGGAUAGGAGAAGAGAUUUUCUGUCAGAGCUGGGUCUGCAAAAGGAGGAGGAAGAACAUAGUUCCUGGGACUCUGAGUCACACUCUGAAAACCCCGAUAUGCUAGAAGAAAAACCAAACAUGGCCACGCAGAAGGAGGAAGAGGAAGAGGGGGGGUCUGCUGCUCAACAAGUGACUAAAGAAAACUUGUUUUAUAUUCCCUCCUUUUUAAGAGGGGAAGGAGGCGAUAGGGGGGCAGUCCUAAUGCCGUGGAGGAGUGUAGACAGGCCGAGAAGCAGCCAGGGAGAGGCUGAACACAAAGAUGAUGUCGUUGAACAUAAUGCUGACGAUGACACCGCACAAAGAGAGGUUGAGAAGCCGAAAUGGGAAAAACUUGGUCUUUUGAACAGACUUGAAGAGAACAAUGACAGAAAGACUGACCUAAUGGAGGAACUCGGUCUUGGAGAUGUUGAUGACCUUGAGGAUGCAUCAGACUGGGACUCCGCCAGUACCACCAGUAGAAGAACACUGCCCGGUCGCAAAAUUGCUUCCCCCAUACACGAUGAGAUACCAGAAAGCCCAGAUCCAACCAAUAAAGAACCAGAUGAAGAUGUAACACCGGUGACGCCUCAGAGGAGCAACAACUCUGACAUCAGCUCAUCCCCACAACCUUUACCUCACCCUCAACCACGGGCAAGAAGAUUGGUGCUUCAGAAAUCAGAGAGUGAAGACGAAUCGGACUGGAAACACGAGAACCUAGGAUCUGAGUCCACUACAGACAAAACAGACAAUCGCCUGAAACCCGCUGCUGAUAUUCAGACGAUGAACAAACCAGAUUCUUCUGAGCUCUCAUCAGUGGCAAGAAACGGUCAAACUCACCGGGAAGCUGACAACGGUCGUUAUAAGCUCUUGUCAAGACGUGGAGUUUGCAUUUUUGUCUUUUCUGUUGUUCUGUCUUGUCCACUCAUGCCGUCAAAGGAGGGACAUGAGACCGAAGAUUCAUGUGAGGUUGACCCUAAUAGCCAGUCGCCGUCAUCUCUCAUGAACUCGGACAGACCAGAGGUCAAUGACUUUAGCGAUCAGCCCAGUGUUGAAGAGACGGUCAGAGACAGUGGCGAUGUCCCGUGGGAGAAACGUUACGAGAAGCUGUGGGUGGAGGUGGAGAAACGUGACGUCAAGUCCACGUUCAAGAAUGUUGCUGGUGAACUGAAGGAAAGGUUCGGAGAACUGCUGAAAUCUAGAUGUUCAGCCGAAGAGGAACAGACCACCGCUGAGCAGAACUCGGCGGAAGAAUCGUCAAGUGAAGACGAAGAAGGGGAAGUCAUUGUACGUCCCACAGCGAGAGCAAGAAGAACCGUCCUCCUCCCCAUACCCGAGCAGAGGGAGUCUGGACAGGAGGAGUCUGUGACAGAGUCACCAGAAAACUCUCUGUGCGAAGACCCCAUGUCCAAGGAGGGCAGCACACAUCGGCCGAUUCCAGGUCUGCCCUACAGUGAUCACCUGGAAGAGUGCGGCUCGCCUUCACCGCACCUCCACGCUGACUUAGACUUUACUGUUCAACCUGCCUCUGAUGAUGACGGGGGCUCAGUUAUAGAAGAAGAGGAGUUUGAGUCGAUCCCACAGCAGCAGACUGACUCGGAGGAAAAAACUCCCGAUCAGCAAAUGGAAGAGACGAGUGCGGACAGUUCUGAGGAAGCUCGUGAGAAGGCCAAGGAGUCUUCUCACCUGGUUUCUGACCAGGAGCUGAAAGAGGAAGUGGAAAGGUUUAAACCUCAGGUUGGAAUGUUAACGAAGGUCUGCCUGGAUUUGGAGAAAGAAAAGAUUCAGCUAAAGAGAGAGGUUGGUGAAGAGGUGACAGAGCCCUUAGCAGAGGUGCACAAGGCCAGUGCUUCCUGGGACGCAGGAAAAGAGACAUUGAAAGAAGUGGGUACUGGGAAACCUGAGAGCAGUUCAAAAUGUGUGUCAGGAUCAUCAGGAGCAGUUCACCAGGAUUUGCAGUCUGCAGGAGCUCAGAGCCCCAACGGGACAACAGUGUUAUCACAUCUGCCAUUGCAGCAGAGCAACAGUAGCAACAACAACAAGAAGAACGGACUGACGGUGGAGGAGACCACAAAGACGGAGGUGGUCAGAGGGGCCCGGCACGGCAGGGCUCCUCAGACCAACACUCACGUCAAUGGAGACCCUCUGUCUGUGUUUGACGAUAGCACUUUGAGUGACGUGUCAGACAAUGAAGGAAUGAAUGAAGGACAAGGAAGGUUGCCAUCUAGUGGACAACCAAAGAAUGAGAAGCAAGACGAAAUGGAGAUGACAGAAGACUUCGAUGAACUCACUCAGUCCUCGGACACGGCCACAGACGAGAUCGACUCUCCUACUUCAGGCUAUCGUCAUGCAUCCAUCCUCAUUCAGAAGCUUGACUCGGCCACCUUAGACUCGAGCACCAUGGUGAAGCUGCAGAACAUUUUCCACGAAUAUGAGCGAUCCAUCCAAAAAGCCAGGAGUCGACACGGUUCCCUGGCUGACAAGGUGUGUCAGCUGGAGCUGGAGAGAGCUGAGCUGAAUAUUGUUCUUGACGAAGUUAAGGACGUGAAGUCUGCUUUAGAGCGCAACCAGCUGGAAUUACAAACUGAAGUUACAAACCUGAGAUUUCAGCUGAAACAGGAGCAGGAGAAUCGCCGCAAUGCUACCAUGAUGUACAACAACACCAAAGAUAAGCUGAGGAAAAUAGAGGACCAGCAUCAGUUGGAGGUUCAGGAGAGACAAAAGGUGGAGCUGACCUACAGGAACCUGGAGUUGGAGAUGAGGACACUGGUGGCCAACAUAAAACAGCUGGAAGAGGACCACAGCGAGACCCAGAGACUGUUGGCUCAGGAGCGUAGUGCGAGGACGCUGCAGGAGAAUCUGCUCAACGGUCAUCUUCGCAAGCAGCAGGAAAUCGAGGAGGAGAACAAGAGAAAUGUCUUCAAAAGCAACGAGGCCUUGUCUCAGCUCACUGAGGCCACUGACAGAGAGAGGGAGCUGCUCCGACAAACGGCGACUUUACAGGAACAGCUGACCAUCCUCAGGGCCGACCUACAGAGCUCGCAGGCCAACAGCGGUCUCAAGGAAAGCCAGAUCUUGGAGGAGAACGAAGCCCUCAAGGAGCAGCUGGAAGAUGCUCGGCGGGAUCUCAAACUCAACAGCGAUGCCUUGACCCAAACCGUCUUCAGUUCUAAUAAUCAGGUGACGGCCCUGAAGUCCGAGUUGGCAAUGAUGACGACGCGUCUGGAAAAUGAGCGACAGUCUCGUGAGACCUUGGAGGUGGAGGUGGAGUCGACUCGCACCCGUCUGGCUGGGGCAGUGAACGAGGCUGAACGUUGCCUCGCAGCUCAGGCAAGUGCAGAGAAAGCUCUGCUCCGGGAGAAAGAAGACCAUCAACGUCUGAAGGACAAGCUCUCAGGUGAAGCAGCCAGUCAGCGAGAGACAGUUAGCAGCCUGUCCCAGAAGUUGGCCAAGACGGAGGCAAGUGCAAACAGCAUGGAGAAUGAAGUUCACCGUGUCUCACUGCAGCUGACAGAAAAAGGUCUCCUGCUGGAAGUCCUGCAGCGUGAGAAGGACCAAGCACUUGCACGUGUCAAAGAACUGGAAACGGCUUUAAAUGCAGAAAGGGAGCAGGUCAGUCGCGCCAAGGCUCGGCAAGAGGCCUCACAGGAGAGACUGGCCCAGAACCAAAGUGAGGUUAUGUUAUUACGCCAACAACUGGAGGAGUCUCAGAACAAAGGAGAUGCGAAGGAGCGCGCCGUUACAGACGCACAGGAGCGCUUCAGUGACAUUCUGUCCAAGCUGAGGUCUGACUCUGAGGAGAGGGUUCAGAUGGUGGAGGAGAGGAACAAGGAGCUCUCCAGCAAGGCCGCUGAUCUCCGAGAUCAGAUCUACAAGUUGGAGGAAGAGAGGAAUGAUAGAGAGACUAACUUGCGGCAGCUGCAGCAGGAACUCGCUGACUCUCUGAAGAAGCUGUCAAUGAGCGAAGCCUCUCUGGAGGUCAACACACGCUAUCGCAGUGACCUAGAGGAGGAGAAGACUCGCCUUCUCAAAGACAUGGACAGGCUUAAAGGAAAGCUGGAGGACAGUGAGGACCAGUACCUGCAGGCAGAGAAACGAUUUAAUGGUCUGAAGAGCAGUUUGGACGAAAAGGACAAGGAACUUGACACUACCGCUCAGAAACUCCAGGAGGCACUGUCAGCCUCAGCAGCCUCAGGCACCACCAUCAAACAACUGGAGGAUGCUGUGCAGAAGCUGGAGAUAGAGAACGCCAGGCUGGAAGCGGCUGCGAAGCAACAAUCGAACAAGAUUGAUGCUCUGCAGAAAGGGGCCCAUGAAGCUGCCAUGCUCUCUGACUUCUCACCUGGAGGAGGGGUCAGAGGUCAUUUGGAAGACUUGGUUACAAACCUGCAGAGCAGUAAGAUGACUUUGGAAGACCAGCUCAGUAGAGAGGUCCAGAGGCAGAACGCCUUGUCGCACACGGCUCAAGACUCUCAGGCCUUAUGGGAGGAUGAGCUGAAGAGUCGGUCGAAGUUAGGUCUCCGUAUGGCAGAGCUGGAAAAAGAAAGAGGAGAACUCAACACUCAGGUGGAAAUCGAGAAAAAGAAAUUCAAAAAAAUGGCCGAGCAGAAGAAGGCAGUUGACACUCGUCUGGAUCAAGAGAUGAACAGAAACACAGAACUCCAGAAGGAAAUGUACCGGCUGCGUACUCUGUUGAAGACUGCAAAGAAGAAACUGCGGGAUCAGAACUCUGCCGGAGGUUCUCCUAUGAGUACUAUGCAGAUGGACUUUGGCAGAAACAGUCAGGCUGAUGGAGGCCUUGGGCGGAUGAGAGAAAAGCUGGAUGAUCUUCAGAUGCAGCUGCAGAGGGAAGUGUCUCGCUGCGGCCAGCUCGAGCAGACGAACAGAGAGCUCAAAGAUCAGCUGGCCCAAAAGAGCUACAGCCACAGUAGCGACCAGCUGGAGAGAAGUAAGAGGCAGCUGGAGGAGGAGGUGUCGGACCUGAGGCGCAGGAUGGAGACUGCUCAGAUGGAGCAGGGACAGGCUGAGCAGUUUCGCCGUGAUGUGGAGGAGAAGGCCCGUCAGGAGAUUCAAAGGAAACUGGACCAGGUCAACCUGUUCUUACAGUCCCAGGCUGCUUCCCAGGAGGCACUGGAUCAGAUCCGAGCCGCCAAUGAGUCCAACGUACGCUCUCAGCUGGAGCAGAAGAUCCGGGAGCUGGAGGCAGCACUUCUUCAGACCCGCACAACCCAGCAAGAAAGCCUCAUACAAAGAGACUCCACUCGCACCGAACUGGAUCGAUACAGAGAGCUGUACUCCGAGGAGCUGCGUCUGCGCAAGUCUUUGUCGGCCAAACUGGACAGGUCCAACACUCGUCUUGCAGAAGCUAAUUCUAAGUUGCUCAACGAGCGCAGCAGGUCUUUUAUCACAAGCAGUAUUGCAAAUGGUAGCCUGGUGAACCCCUCGCUGGACGUGGGCGCUCUGGUUUCACCAGGAGUCACACUCAACCGGAGCCUGGGUCUGGGUGUUCUCAGCCCUGGGUCUGAGGGACAGAACAGCAGAGUGGAGGACUAUCUGGCAAAGAUGCAGAGUGAGCUGGAUAAAAACAUAUCGAAAGAGUUGAACACCGCCACAGCAGAGCUGGACAUUGCCACCAUGCGUUUGUCACCUGUUGGCUCGGCCUCCAGGGUGGACCUGGACCCCGUCAGUAGGGCCACGCAGCAGUACUUGGAAGUUCUGAAGAGGAACAAUAUGAUCUGACUCAUUUCUCUACUUGUACCGUUCCAGCUCCGCGUUUCAAGGCCAGUUCCACAGCUCUGGUAAUGGUACCGCCAGGACCUCACUCUGUACAGACGUUUUGUUUUCUGUCGUACGUGGUUAAAAACAAAGAAAUGCACUUUGCACUUAAUCCCACCUUAACCCACUCAGGAACAAAGGGCAAGAGUCUCGUAAUAUUUUUCAAUGUCAAAGGGUACGACGAGUGAAAACGUUUGGAAGUAUUUCUUCCUCUAAAUUAACAUUUUCCCAGCAGAAAAUAUAGUGUAUAUACAGAGUUAGACUUUGUGAAUUUUGGUGUUCCUAAAUUUAUACAUAUUUGACACUUUUAUAAAAAAAAAUUAAAAAAAAGACUUUGGCCAAGAUUUCAACUUUACCACCAUUUCUGCCAUUAAUGGUGCAUUUUUUUGUUUUGGUUUUUUUUUGUCUUGGUUCUGAAUUAGAUGUAUUUGCAUAUGGUGUCAAUGACAAAUGUAUUUAUUAUGUCUUCUUGGUUUAUUUACAUAUAUAUUUAAAAGAGACGAGCUGGAUUUCUCUCUAGCGACUUCUGAUGAGUGACGACUUUUGUACGACCCACUCUGACAGCGGUUUCGGCCUACAUUAGGAGCCUCCAUAUGAAGGUUGUUCCAAACAUUUCAGGGAACUAGGCACAGGUGUUCUGUGUGAUAAAGACUGAUUCAGAACUCAGCCUUGACACAUGAAGGAAAGUAAGUACCAACUGUUUUGAUCUGUUCAUCCAUUUAUGAUUAUAACAUUGUUUUUGUUCCUAAACAUAUUUAGGAGAGUAGGGAUACACAGUGGUAGAGCAGUCGGUGAUCUUGCCUUACAGUAAGAAGGUCAACAGUUUGAUAUCCAGUGGUAACUGAUGGUCUUUUCCAUAUGACAUUUUCAUGUUCUCCAACUGUACUCUCCAACUUCCUCCCACAGUGCAAAUAUACUCUCUUACCAGGAGCCGGAAAAGUAUCAUUGGAAAAACAUCAUACAGGAUGUACAGCAGUACUAAAGUAUUUUAGUUUUUCAGAUUCCUUUGUCUCUGGUUUUCAAGAUAAAACGCCGCUUUAACCCA